AUGCCUGAAUACGUUUAUGCUCUUAACGACUACCUCGAGAAGGUUGACACGGCUUGUAAUAAUGCCUGGUGGAAGGGACGCACUACUAUCGAAGGGCGACUGAGUCUCGUCCCGCAGAAAAUAAAUACUCCGUCCAUUCAACUCACACAAAAAGUUUCAAAGUUCACGAUGAUGGACGUACAAAAAGCCGUCGAAGAACUCAGACAAUUAUGUGCAGAGGAAGACAACGCGCGGUGUGUAAGUUUCGCAAGCAGUGAUAGUACGGAGACGGACAAGCCAGAUUUCGCGAGCGACGUAGAAGAUUGGUAUCAAGCCACCGAGACGACGCUGGCUGAGUAUUCCGAGAGUGGAUGCGCGGAGAAGGACGAUUUGGAAGCGCAGACUGCCACGAGGGCGUCAUCGUUUGUCCUCCCUCGGUCUAUGUCUUGCUUUUCGACUUUGGAGGUUACCACGGAUACCCCAGACGAAAGGAUCCACUCUCCUGCGAGGCUGUCUUUUCCCACAUCUGUUUAUGAGACCAUCAGAUCGGUCCCGUUAUCUGUUUCCGACCAACCAACGCAUGGUGAAGCGUCAUUAACUGGGUUGUGUUUACACACCGCAACCGACACAGCUAUAUCCGUAGCUGAUGGCGUCGUUUGUGCGGCGCCUUCGGACAAAAUGUCUUCUUCUCUGGCCUCUAUGCAUCGACCCUCCAUCGAGGACAAGAAGGGGAAAGAGAGGGGGAAAGAGAGACACCCAAAGGACUGGACAGUUGAAGAGGUGGUCGAAUGGCUGAAGAGCAAAGGCUUUGACAAAGCCAUUCUCGACAAGUUUGUUGAACAAGAAAUCACAGGCGACGUCCUCCUCAGAUUAGAUACCAAUCUGCUCAAGACCGAGAUUGGGAUAGCAGCAUUGGGAAAACGUCUUCGCGUCGCAAGUUCCAUCACCGACCUGCGCCAAUCCUCGAUUUUAAGCUCCUCCACCAGCUCUUCUUCCAUAACGAAAACGCCGCUUCCAUCGUCUUCCUUCCGCCACGCCUCCUCUAGCUCGGUCAACUUGCUACCCAGAAAACAGCAUCACAGUCAAUCUUACCAUUCCCUUCCUGAAAUAUUGGACCAUUAUCCUUCGUGGAGCUUUCCGGCUGAUUUCAUGUUUGAUGGCGGGGCUAGUGCGGAGAUUGGGUCGUCCUCGACGCAUGGUAGUGGGAUUGGGCUUGAGAUCCCUUUUACUAUUAAUGAGGAUGGGCCGAUGAGUUUUGAGACUUGUUCGAGUUUGUCGCAUGGACAUUCGAGUGGUCAUACAGCGAGCGGACAUCACCUGGCGACAGCUAGGACGAGGAGGCAUAGUCGUGCACGGUACACUCUAGGUGGCAGUAAAGCUGGUGCCUGUGAGAGGUUGGUACCGGGUGAUAGUGGCAAGAGUCAGAAGCCACCCAUUGUUAUUGAAACGCACAUGAAGAGACCCUUGACGUUCAGCCUGACAAAGGGCGUCAAUAUGACGUCGGGUGCGCGGCCGGGUACCUCUGGUGCUUCUCCGAGGGAAAAAGAGAAGUCUUCGUAUGUCCAGCGGCCGUCUACCUCUGGUGGCUUUCCGAGGACAAAAGAGAAGGCUUUGUAUGUCCAGCGACCGUCUACCUCUGGUGGCUCGCCGAGGGAAAAAGAGAAGGUUUCGUAUGUCCAGAGGCCGUCUACCUCUGGUGGCUCUUCGAGGGAAAAAGAGAAGGCUUCGUAUGUCCAGAGGCCGCGUACCUCUAGUGGCUCACAGCAGAAAAAUUCUCAUGUACAGCUUUCAAGCCUCAAAACAGAGAAAGAUUCGAAAGCCAUUCGUACAGCAUCAACCACAUAUUUCCAGCGGCCGUCUACUUCUAGUGGCUUGCUUAAGAAAGUAUCACAAUCGCCCAUUAUACUCGAAGCACCGAGUGAUGUUGAAAAAAGUCAGGGGCUGCCUACUGCUAGUGAAACGCGCAAGGAGAGACCAUCGACGUUCAGUCUGUCCAAGAUGUACUUUCAGCGUCCCUCUACCUCCAGUGGCCUACAUAAGGGACCUCAGUCACUCUUCCGAGAUUCGAAGAAGGAAAAGGAGGAGAAGACAUCGGAGGAAAAUCUUCUUACCCACCGUGGCACUCUGCGUAAACGCACGUCAAUUUUGGCGUGGCGCAGUGGUGGGCCGUCAGUGGAGGGCAAAGGUCCUAUCGGUGCCAAGGGCCGGUCCUUUUAUGAGCAGAUUGGUGUGCCCGAUCACACUGGGUGGAUGCGUAAGAGGGCCGACCGGUAUCACGUAUGGAAUCUACGGUAUUUUGUGCUCAAGGGCCAGCGGUUGUACUGGUUCAAGACUGAUGAUAAAUCUCUUCGUUGUCAGGAGGCUGGCCCAACGGGAUUCCUUGAUGUUGUGGGCUACAGGGUGACUGUAGACGAGACCUUGGAUACUGGCCGUUAUGGACUCCGGAUCGACCACGAUGGCGAGAAGACGCACUUCUUCAGCUCUGAUGACAGGACGGUUAUUCGCGAGUGGAUGAAGGCGAUCUUGAAAGCGACAAUUUCUCGAGAUGAAACAAAACCCGUCACUUCGUCGGCAAGUAAUAUCCAAACGAUUCCUUUGGCCAUUGCGCAAGCCAUGCAUACACGACCGCCAUCGCCAACUGCUCGAGAUGUUACUCAAAAGGCUCAUAGGCGGGAAAAUCCUAAUCAGUUGUCAAAACGCGAUGCCCGUGUUCUUGGAUUUCCAUCAGCCAUGGACAACGGCCUCGUGGAAUGGGCCAACUCUCACCUUCCCGCACGUCUCCAAAUUCACGACGCCACCACGUUCUUUGGUGGACUCGCCCUUCUGCGUCUUGCAGAAUCCAUCAAGGGCGAACAAGCCUCUCCUCCUGUUCCCGACCGUGCUUUUCCGUCUGGUCCCAACGACGCUAAGCCUGAUGGGCUCUUCCAUCUACUCGACUUCUUGCUUGGAAGUGGCGUGAAGAUGGGGAGCGUGAGCAUCAAUGAUGUCCGAUUGGGACGAAGAGACAAAAUUCUUGAGUUGUUGAGAUCGUUGAAGGCUUGGGAGGAAAAGAGGGGACGUGCUCCCUUAACUCUACGUGCAUGA